AGCGAGCACAGCGCACUGAAGCGAAGUGCAUGUUCGCAUAGGCGACAUAACCUAGGGGAGUAUGGCAUGUGGGCCAGACGUAGUGACGCUGCAGUCGGAAAGCCUGAGAAUUACAACAAGCGUCGAGACAGCUUUGAUACGUUGAGCCUUCAGUGAAUCGCCACAAAGGGAAGAAAAUGGUGUAUCAAAAUAAUACCGGCAUCAGUUCAUCUUCAGUUUCCGCAAGCACAGCGUCCGGGACUUCUAUGUUUUUGUGCGUCUCCAUUCAUCGUUGGAGUUGCAAUGAAUACGACCUGUCACAGGGCUGAACUCCAGAAUCUGGCUGUAAAUAAUACAGUCACGCUUGAGACUUACAUUUAGAUAGAGAGGAACAGGACAUAGAGCUUGGAGUAGCAGUUCUCCGUUUGGGAACACGGCCGCGGUGUAUCUUAUGUUUAUGCCCGGCUAGACCGUCUCCCGCCCGUUCUUUUCUCCUUGCGUUUGUAAGCUGCCGGCGGCUCACUGACUCGUCUAGGAUGCAGGUGAAAAAGCAGAGGUGUUCAGAAAGGAGCUCGGUAGAUACGCAACGAGAUGACAUCAAGAAAAAGACCUCAUGCUUCUCUAAUAUUAAAAUAUUCCUGGUGUCGGAAUGUGCCCUUAUGUUGGCACAAGGUACAGUUGGAGCAUACUUGGUGAGUGUCCUGACCACACUGGAGCGCCGCUUCAACCUCCAGAGUGCUGAUGUGGGCGUGAUCGCCAGUAGCUUUGAGAUCGGCAACCUGGCCCUCAUCCUAUUUGUCAGCUACUUUGGAGCCAGAGCCCACAGACCACGCCUGAUUGGCUGUGGGGGUAUCGUCAUGGCCUUGGGGGCUCUGCUUUCAGCGCUGCCUGAGUUCCUCACCAAUCAGUAUGAGUACACAAGCACAGGCAUAUGGAGGAAGGACCCAGGGCGGGAUGUGUGCUCUAAUGCCUCAACGAGGGAUCUGGAUGAUGAGUUGUGUGGGAAUAGGGCUAACACCAACAUGAUGUACCUGCUACUGAUUGGUGCUCAGGUUCUGCUGGGGAUUGGAGCCACACCCGUGCAGCCUCUGGGCGUGUCUUACAUAGAUGACCAUGUGAGAAGGAAAGACUCCUCACUCUAUAUUGGUAUCCUAUUCUCCACCCUGGUGUUUGGACCAGCUUGUGGCUUUAUCCUUGGUUCUGUCUGCACUAAAUUCUAUGUGGAUGCUGUCUUCAUUGAUACGACCAAACUGGAAAUCACCCCAGACGACCCCCGCUGGAUCGGUGCUUGGUGGGGCGGCUUUCUCCUUUGCGGUGCCUUGCUCUUCUUCUCUGCCCUCUUCAUGUUUGGCUUCCCCUCCUCACUGGCAGAGGGGCAGAGAGAGGGAGGAACCGAGAGUGAGCAGGCUAUGCUGCCCCCGGGCAUGGACCUGACCAAGCCCAGCAACGGCGUCCCACCCAGCCAUCAGCCAAGCAACAGUAGUCCAUCAUGCUGUGAGCAGCUCCGAGUAAUUCCCAAGGUGACCAAACACCUGCUGUCCAACCCUGUGUUUACCUGUAUCAUCCUGGCAGCUUGUAUGGAGAUUGCAGUGGUGGCUGGAUUUGCCGCUUUCCUGGGCAAAUACUUGGAACAGCAGUUUAACCUCACCACAACCUCUGCUAAUCAGCUUUUGGGUAUGACGGCCAUCCCGUGUGCAUGCUUGGGUAUAUUCAUGGGAGGUUUGCUGGUGAAAAAGCUGAACCUCACUGCUCUGGGGGCCAUACGGAUGGCCAUGCUGGUCAACCUAAUCUCCACUGCCUGCUACAUAUCCUUCCUAUUCCUGGGCUGUGACACAGGGCCUGUCGCCGGGGUGACUGUCGCCUAUGGCAACGAGACCCUGCAACCAGGCCAAAAACCAGAAGCCUCAUGCAUGAGUAACUGUAAUUGCUACACAUCCUCCGUUAGCCCUGUGUGUGGCUCCAAUGGGGUCACAUAUCUGUCCUCGUGUUUCGCUGGCUGCACCAGUUCCAUCAGCACCGAAGAGCCUCCUCCUCUUGCUCAGAACCUGACAAAGUGUAUGUGCGUCUCUGGUGACGGGGACUUCGGCACAGCCGUGCCAGGUAAAUGCCCUAGUCCCGGCUGCCAGGAGGCCUUCCUCACCUUCCUGUGUGUGAUCUGUGCCUGCAGCAUGAUAGGAGCCAUGGCUCAGACGCCGUCCGUCAUCAUCCUCAUCAGAACUGUCAGCUCAGAGCUGAAAUCAUACGCUCUUGGUGUUCUAUUUCUUUCACUGCGGCUGCUAGGAUUCAUCCCCCCACCUUUGAUCUUUGGUGCGGGAAUUGACUCCACAUGCCUGUUCUGGAGCACUGAGUGCGGGGCCCGGGGUGCUUGUGUGCUGUAUGACAAUGUGGCCUACCGCCACCUGUAUGUGAGCCUGGCCAUUGUGCUGAAGGUCAUUGCUUUCCUCCUCUACACCACCACAUGGCAGUGCCUACGCAGGAACUACAAGAAGUACAUUAAAAACAACGAGACCUAUGUGACAUCCACCGAAAUCUUCUCCUCUGACGUAAACCUUGAUAGUCUGGGCAAGGGAGCUGGCCAGAACCCAGUGAACAGGACAAAGUUUAUAUACAGCUUGGAGGACCAUGAGUGGUGUGAAAAUAUGGAAUCUGUCUUAUAGAAUAUGCCAAGAUGAAGGACCUGCUCCAUGCUUACAAAUAUGUCUUUUGUUGUUAUUGUGUUUGGAAGGAUGGGAGAUAUAGACAUUUUUGGGUUUUUCUUUAAGGGUGACCUUUCUAACUGUCCCGUGGCCUGACUGCUGCACUGAAUCUAUGCUGAUUGCUAUCAGGUCCAUGUUAUUCAUGUAGGUCAUUUCAUCAUAUCAGAGAAGAUAUUCAUCUAGUGCCAGUGAACUCAGUCAUUGUUGUUAAGUGGAGACAUAUACUGUAUUCUCCCGCUAGGGCUCACCUGAUAAUGAGCUGGAAUUAGGCCAAUUAUCCAGUAGGGGAUGUCUUACAUGUAUGUUAUCACAAAAUGACCGUUUCUCUCGAAAUUCAUUGAAGCAAAACUUUGCUAAAGUUAAUUUCAGUUAUUUACAUUAUAAAUGUUAGUUAUCCAUCUGCUUUUUAACAUAAAUAGGACAAAGGACAAAGCAACAAAUCAGUUGCAUUAGAUGCAUUUCCUGUGUUUAAUGCACAGAUAAAAAAAAUUGUCAAUCAUGCUUGCUAUGCUUCAACAUCUGUUUCCUGCAAAUAGCAGAAACAAUAUCAGCACAUAUUGUGUUAACAUUAUGGCCAAAAUACACAGAAUUCUUUUGCAAAAGAAUUUUUUUCUACUGUUUUAUCACAAAAUUCGUAUAUUUAAAUAGCUGCAUUGUAUUAAAUUAAUCUCAGUUUUCAUCCAAACAUUUGUAAUCCUAAAAAUGUCUUACAUGUAUGCUCAUUGAGACAUAUGUAUCUAUUGAUGCAAUAGUUGGAAAGUAUUUGAAAGAGCCAGAGAAUUUGUAUCUAAAUAGCAUUUGUUCGCUAACUCAUGUACAUUUCUUUGUUUGGUUGUUCGUUUUUUUCCCGUUUUGUUUAGUUUUUAGUUUUAUUUGGGUUUUUUUAGAGUACAGAGUAGAGUAUUUUUUUAAGGAAAAGAAAUGAAUUUUACUUUUACUUAUCAACAUGAUAGUGUCAUAUUGCCCAGAGGAAUAUGAUGAUGUGAUUUACAAAUAUGGAAUUACUGUACAUUAUAUAGAUAUACAGAAUGUGACUGUAAGCAGGAGAGAAGAAUAGGUAACAAAAGAUGCAACAAAGAGAAGCAGAAGCAGGCCUUUCACUUAAAGUGACAGUGACUCUGUUGUACACCUCUGCCCCUAGCUGAGAUGUCUCACUGUUGCAGACCAAACAGAAGCAGUUGCACAGAGCAUCACAUUGGCACUGACGUCAGGUAGGGUAGUCUGGGCAUGAUCCCUUGAGCCAGCAACUUUAUUUCACAGAUAUCCAUAUUGGGCGAAGACCUUAUACAUGAGGAGAAGGCACAGCUACAUGAACUAACAUUUAGCCGACUGAGUGUUUCUAGCUUAGUAAAUGCCAUCUUGGAUCUUGCAAGCUAUCACUUUGAGUCUGGCAAUGUUCCAUAUGGGAGCCAUUUAUUUGGUCAGUCAGCAUGUUCUAAUCGCUUACAGGAUGGUUCAGCUGAUGGCAUCCACUAAAUAAACAAACACCCAUAGGACAAAUUGUUGGGGUAAUGCCAAACUACAAAUGCAGAGCAGAUCAACAUAAACACUAAUGAAAUGAAAAAUGGUUACUACCAGGACACUUAAAAUCUAGAUGAACAUAAAAAAGUAACAUGUCAUAUGAGUACAUGCAAAGCCAUACUACCUGGCUGAGGCAAAGUAACAGUAAAGGGUGGCCCUAAGGCUCCCUGCAGUGCCCCAGCUUUAAUACAUUUUAUAGACAAGCAAACAGAAUGGAAACUUAUUUUAUGUGAUAUAAAAAAUUUAAUCUGACUCACUGCAGCUUUUAAGGUCAACUGCGUCUGCAUGCAAAAUAAAAGCCAUGGAACAUGGGAUGCUUUGCUUGUUCCGUUUUGAUGCCAGAUACCAAUGCAUAGUUUCCCCCUUUUUGCUGAAAAUAAUCAUAUAACUGAUAGUGUACAUAAUUUGAAAACCUAUUUAAGGCUUAAUAGCACACUUGUGUUGUUUUACCAAUAAAAGUAUCUCUGAAGUACAAGGACAGGUAGUAUCCAUAUACUUUUUGUAUGGCAGAUCAUUUUAUUUUAUUCUGCAAAUAAAUUAUUUUUAAGAAAAUACUCAGGUUUUGGCACUAUGGUUGUUAAGCUUUUUGAGUGGAUGAAAAGGACUGUUUUGCAAUAGUAUUGUUCAGCAAUUAAAAUCAAAUUUACUCAUUUAAUCAUCAAAAUAAUUGCAUAUUAAAUUUUUUGGAAAACACAUUCAGUGUUUUUG